ACUCAGUCUCAACAGGCUUUGUCCCUCUUCAUUGCAGAUCCCCGGGGAGCAGCUUUCCUCAGCCCAGCUCCAAGCUGGUGAGAGCUGUGAAGGCUCUGACAACACCCACCCUGGAGCGAUUUCAAGCUGAAGAGGAAGAGCUGAGGACCAUCGUAUCUCUACAUGGAGACCAGAUGGAGAGAGUUGGAAACAUCAUGGGACAUAUCUUCAUCUGGCUGGACAACGUCUGUGAUCCCAGAGCCAGAAAAGCAGCGCUGAGGGCCACGGCCUUGCUGGCUCGUUCCCACCCCCAGGACGUGGUUCUGAGCUGUGUGGCACACACACUGUCAUCAGACAGGCCAAUAAAUGACUUUGGGGCUCACUCCACAUCCCUGGAUCAUGAGGUCUGGCUGCUCCCUAUUGCGUGAGAGAAGGCAAAGAUGGAAGAGGUCCAUGAGGUCCAUCUGUCUGUCCCCUGGGGACCAGUGGAGGAUUGUUACCUGUACUCAGAUCCCUAGUUCUUCCAUGGCUGAGGAAGUGGUGAAAAAACGCACUCAUCCUUAUGGAGCUGCGCAGCAGAGGCAAUAAGGACCAUUUACGAGGUCCUUUUCCUGUGGGGAUACCAAGAAACCAUCCUGGAAAUGUGUCCCCAGAUGCUCAUCCUCUGCCUCCCGCAAGUGCAGUAUGUGAUGGAUCUGCGCUUGCCAGGGAUCCACAUGCCAGCGAGACAUCCAGCCCCGAGGAAGGAUCCAACUCCUCAGCCCCCUAAGCACAUCAGUGGAGGCUGUGAAGACUCUCUUUUCCAUGCCCCGAUACUGGAAGGAAUUUGCCAGCAUCCAUUUUUGGCAGGGUUGGGACAUGAUAUCCUCCCGAAAUUACUACUCGCAGUGCGUUGGCCUGAUUGCAAGAGCCAUGAUCGAGUUUGAGAACCCUCAGCUCCCUGCAGUUUUCAGAGAGGCCAUCACCAUUGUCCAAAGUGAGAAGGAGGAGGAGGAGCAGAGAAAUAUCGCCAUGACAUUCUGCACUGAGUUUCUCCAGAGUCCUUCCAUUGAGACGAUAUUGACAAAAUCAGAGCUCCAGGCGCAGCUCAUGGAAUGGACCCAAGACAAAAAUCCCAUUGUACGUAGGCUCAGUCUGCGAGGCCUUGGAAGUAUUGUGCUCCAGACAGAAAAGGUGCAAUGGUUACGGGCCCAGCUACCAGCGAUCAAGGACAUGUUGUGUGACAGGGAUGGAGGGCGUGUCAUGGGGGCAAUGCAUAAAGCUGCAGACAUCAUCUACCUCCUCAACAGGGAGGGGCUUGGCUCCAUCUCCGAGAACAUUGCUGUCAGCCUUCGCCCCUUCAUUGACGAUGUAAGGCUUGGAACCGCAGGAUAAGCCCAUUCACCCUCUCCGCCUGUCUCUGAUGCCCUUGUCUCUCUUUCCCCAUCCCCAUCCCCUUGCCUCCUGCCCCUCAGCCCUACCAUGGAGCCUCCUCAGUGCCAUGCUUCCAGCCCCUGCUGGAGCCUGGCCUGGGGGAGAGGGGGCCUGGCACUGGACAGAUGAUCAGCUGUCUGGAGAACACAGGCCCCAAAGAGGUGGAGAUUCCCAGCAGGAAAGAGGUGGGUUGGGAAUGGCCCAGUUCUCAGGGGCACCGAAGAACAAAAGUAAUGCAGUGUUUUGUAGCAGCACCUCCCUGCAAGGCUCCAGCAGCUGCUCCUCCCCUUCCCCAGACCGGUCUCCAGCAGCCUUCCCUCUCUCUCCCCUAAUCUUCUAGGGGUCUAGGAUUCUGUGCUCUCCAGACAGACAUUGCGUCUAGGACACCAUGGGGCUGCACUGCCCUGCACAGCAUCUCAGGCCCUGUUCUGCACAAGAUGUCUAUGGCGCUGGCCUGGUGGCCUCACUGCUCCUGCGAGCCAAGUCAGUUAACACGGGGGGAACCGGAGCAGCAUGCAGAUUAUGACUGUCAUGUUAUGCUCUGAUACUGCCUGGCUUUAACCGGGCUUCCCCAUUCCCUGUCCGUCACUGCCAGGAGAGGGCAGUGUGCCUCCGCUGCCAUUUUACUGCUUGUCAACAUGGUGAGCAGCGUGAAGGACAGACAGCUGCAAGGGAGGGGUAGGAAUCAGUCCCAGAGGGUUAAAAGGCCCUCCUCCUCAUCAACUGGGAGGCGACUACAGGUCAAUCAGGUUCAGCUGA